AUGGGCUUCUUUGGCAAGUCGGCUCCCGUGGAGACGCAGCCGCACUAUGCAAACCCCGUCUUGCUGCCUCUAGACCAACCAACAGCAGGCGCAGAACCAUUGCCGACGGCCGUCUUGACAGACUCGCAAAAGGCGACCUAUGACGCCAUGCUCAACUUCCUCAAAGGCACGGAGCACGGCCUGACCUUUUCAGAGAAGGAGCAACUCUACCUGACGCGAGAACAGAUCCUGCGCUUCCUACGGGCAACGAAAUGGGACUUGAAGAAGUGCCAGCUGCGGAUGCUGGAUAACCUCAAGUGGCGACGAGAGUAUGGUGUCGAGACACUCACAGCGGAGCAUGUCGAGCCAGAAGCCAUCACAGGAAAGCAGAUUCUGCUGGGCUUUGACAACAGCUGCAGGCCGUGUCUUUAUCUCUAUCCCGGUCGACAAAAUACAGAGUACUCGCCGCGUCAAAUGCAGCAUCUUGUCUGGAUGCUCGAGCGAACGGCUGACCUGAUGCCAGCCGGUGUAGAGACGCUUGCUCUGCUCGUCAACUAUCGUGGCGCUACGGGCGCCAAAUCACCGCCAGUCAGUCAAGGCAGGGAAACACUCGCGCUGCUUCAGAACCACUACGUCGAGCGCCUCGGCCGCGCACUCGUCAUUGACUUGCCGGUGUUCAUUUGGGGCUUCUUCAAGAUCAUCACGCCCUUCAUGGAUCCAGUCACGCGCGAGAAGCUCAUCUUCAAUGAAGAACUUGCAAAGCAUGUCCCACCGGCGCAGCUCGAUAAGCACUGGGGAGGCCAGCUGGAGUUUGAGUACAAGCACGCGGUCUACUGGCCGAAGCUGCUGGAACUGACACAGAAGGCCCAAGAGCGGGCAAAGCGGAAUUGGGAGGCUGUAGGAGGGGGUAUUGGUGUAUCGGAAGCUCUUCUUAAAGCUGAGCCGAGCAGCUCACACACUGCUGUAAAUGGAGAGAAACAGUCUCAGAGUGCGACGCUUUCCUCAGAGCAGCAUGAAGCUGUCAACCAACCUGGUGAAGAGCUUUCACCAGAGCAAUCUACACAAGUAGUACAACAGGCCAAUCAGAGUGAUAUUGUCAACCGGGCUGAAGAGAAGGUGGACGCAGUGUAUGUUGCAGAUUCGCCAGCAAUUGUGGUCAAGGAUCAGCAGGCGUCCUUGAAGGGUGUCAUCUAG